UUAUUUAAUAUUUCACCAAAAAAUUUUUCUACUUUAAUAAAUUAUUUUCUAUUUUUUAUAUUCAUUUUACGUAACAACCUCAAAUCAGUUAUUGCUGUACAGAACAUAAGAAAAAAGAAAAAAAAAGAUAUGCAAAGUAUCAGAGUAACAGCAACCAUUUCUUCUUGUUCUUCAACUCUUUUCUUUACUAAUUCCAAAAUAUUAUCAAAUAAAUUCUCUUAUAUUUCUAAUCCAUUGAACAAUUCCUCAAAACCCAUUAAAUGGAAUUGUAAGAAUUCAAGAAUGGAGGCAUCAAAAUCAAGUUUUGUUAGCAGAGCUUCAGCACAGCCACUAACAAAUCCUGGAGAACUCAUUGAUUCUGUUGAAACCUUCAUCUUUGAUUGUGAUGGAGUCAUAUGGAAAGGAGAUAAACUGAUAGACGGGGUCCCUGAAACUUUGGAUUUGCUCAGGGAAAAGGGAAAAAGAUUAGUUUUUGUUACCAACAACUCAACAAAGUCUAGAAAACAGUACGGGAAAAAAUUUGAAACACUUGGUCUUAGUGUCAACGAGGAGGAAAUCUUUGCUUCAUCCUUUGCUGCAGCUGCUUAUUUGAAGUCUAUUGACUUCCCAAAAGAUAAAAAGGUGUAUGUUGUUGGUGAGGAUGGCAUCUUGAAGGAGCUUGAGUUAGCUGGUAUUCAAUAUCUUGGAGGACCGGAAGACGGUGACAAGAAAAUAGAGCUAAAGCCUGGAUAUAUGAUGGAGCAGGAUAAGAAUGUCGGAGCUGUUGUUGUUGGAUUUGACCGCUAUUUCAAUUACCACAAGAUUCAGUAUGCUACCCUGUGCAUACGUGAAAAUCCAGGAUGUCUCUUUAUUGCUACGAACCGUGAUGCUGUUACCCAUCUUACAGAUGCUCAGGAAUGGGCAGGUGGUGGUUCAAUGGUUGGUGCGAUCUUAGGCUCUACAAAGCGUGAGCCACUUGUUGUUGGGAAGCCCUCGACCUUCAUGAUGGACUACUUGGCUGAUAAGUUUAAGAUACAGAAGUCUCAGAUAUGCAUGGUCGGUGACAGAUUGGAUACAGAUAUAGUGUUUGGACAAAAUGGUGGCUGCAAAACUCUUCUUGUUCUCUCAGGUGUGACAUCUUUAUCGAUGCUUCAAGAUCCCAACAACUCUACACAACCGGAUUUCUACGCCAACAAGAUUUCUGAUUUCCUCUCCAUUAAAGCUGCUGCAGUUUGAGCAAACUACUGAUUACACGUGGCGAUUCCAUUCUUUAUGUCUGAUAUGUGUUUACAAAUGCACUUCAUUUAUGCAUCCCAGUUUCCCUUUUAGCUAAAAGAUGGGAGAUUUAAAUUAGGCAUAUGAGAAACUACAUAAUGCAAUGUAAAGAAUACCAUUUAAACUUUCUAGAUAUAAUAAUGGUUCUUGGGAAAA